AUGAACCAACCUACUCCGUCAGAACAGUCACCUCAGAACCGCCAAUUCCGUCGUGGUCACAAGUACAGCGCUUCGACACCCGCUGACAUGCAGGCCUACGCAAACAGACCGCUGCCACCUCUUCCUCCUACAUCAACAUCCUCUGCCCCAAGAGCCAUGACUCCUCAGCCUCGUGGAAAGGGCUCCGCGACCGCGCCGGCGUCGUUGCCAGCCUUUGCCUUUCAAGCAUCGUUUCCCAUUAAUCGGAGAAACAAUACUCGGACAGAAAUGUCUAGCUCUGCCCCGCGGCGACUCCCCUCGGUGACGGUCUCAUCUUCACCCAAGUCUGGUCACUUUCAUAGGAACAGCUAUUCGGGAUCAACGUGGUCUCGCCGCUCUUCGCAGCAGAAGAUUUACCAACUCACUGGUAUGGACGUGGAUGUAAUGGAUGAGCAAUCCUUCCGUUCGGGAGGCGCGGACUCAGACUCGUCUUCUACAGGAUCGGGGGUGAGAUUAGACGAGCCAGUGACCUACGAGACUCCAGAUUAUCAUUUGGUGCCAGUGUUGGAGACUGAUGUAGAUGAGUCCUCUAGCAGGGGAAGCUCAUGGGGUCCCAUGUCUCCUGACCUGUCUAUUGUGCCGCCACCGCUGAGCAUUCACAAACAACCAAUGCGUGACGGAAGUGAGAAGCAGUUUGGAAGUUUGAGCGGUUCGUUUGCCCAGAUGCACUUGGAUGAGGGGCCAAUCCGCCCGUGGGACCCAGCCUAUGGUCAAUUCAGCGACUAUGCAGCUGCAGGAGAGUAUCACGAGUUUGCGGCUCAGCUUGCAAGCAGAGACUCUUGCCAGCUCAGCGACAGUUCUUUGCAGCUCCCUACACCAAACAAGAAGAAGAGAUCAUCAUUGAGCCUAGCAUUGGCGGCUGCUUCACGAUUCCGCCGCCGAGAAACUCCUCAGCCUAUUGACAUUGUCGCGGCAAAACCCAAACAAAAGAGCUUGUUCAAGGGAUCUCGGCAGCCAAAGCAACCGGAGGAAUCUGUGUCGCAAUCCCCAUCACCGAAUGCCCAUGACACAUGCAGGAUCAGUGCGCCUUCGCUCCCACGCUCAGCACCCUCUACACCAAUACUUGCCUUGGCCACAGCACCACCUCCCAGACCGAGUCCCGCCCCGCCUCUGAUGAGCGCAUGGGAUAGCGACUCUGAUGAUGAUGGUGAUGACGGCCACGUCAUGUCCAACCUUAAAGACUGGCUUGCCAACCGAACCUCGGAGGAUGGCAAGCUUCAUAGACGCACGUCAAGUACCUCUCGUAUCGGGUCAGAUGGUCAAUUUACAGGCCUCAAGCAGGAUCAGAUGCGCGAAUCAAUCAUCCGCCCGUCUGACAGACACAAACAGAUCCUGAUGGAGAAGGCGGCGAAGCGACGAGAACAGAUGAAGCUGCAAAUGAAGGUCGUUCCGGGGUCGAUUAUGUUGCGCAAUACCCAUUACUAA